AUGAGCAGCGUCGACUAUCGACCUCCACGAUCGCCCUUGGCACCCGAGUCGAGCCGCUCUGCCUCUCCCAGCGGUUCCGGCGCAUCGUCCCCGCCUUACCUCCGCAUGCACUCGAGUCGGGCGCACCAGACGCCGCUGUCCAUCUCGACGAGCUUGGCAUCUCCUACCCGAUCCACCGCACCCGUCAGCCCAGGUCGCGCGCAGACUCACCGCACUCUUGGCCAGUUCCCAUUCCCCGCCGAUCCCGCUGGACACCCCUCGCACCCUCGUCCGGCUGGUCAAGGAUAUGGUCAGGCUGCAGGACCAUCCCACCUGUCGCAGCAGAUCGACCGCGACCAUUCUGCGACCCCGCCGCCGCGGGUCAACCACUCGAGCCUGACGACGCCUUCCGCUUCAGCGCCUGCGACGACCGGCUACUCUCCCUCGCUCGCCAGUCCCUGCUUCGUCCACACGCAUCUCGACCAUACGCUCCACAACGUCGCGAAGCGGGACUCGGGCAGCCCCUUCUCGGGAGACAAGGGCGAGUUGUACCUUCGCGGGCGGAAGAAGCCCCGAGCGAAACCGAGCGAGUCGGCAAAGGAUGCGACAGCUAAGCGGUUGGGCGAGGACGGAGCGUCGUCUACGCCGCCGGUACCGGAGCAGGCCGCCGAGUCCGAGUCGGGCAGUGAGGAGGACAGCGACGAUGAGAAGAACAACUGGACGCGGCAGCUCGCAGAGACGGCUGUCAGCGUGCGUGAGAUGAGCAAGCAGCUCGGACGAGCCAGGGUCGUCUCGCACAUCCAGUCUGUCAUGAUCGUCACCAAGGCUCGGGACAACCAGCUCACCCGGUUAACGCGCGAGUUGGCCUUGUGGCUGAUGCAGACGCCGCGAAACGGAAAGGACCGCGGUCUCAUUGUCUACGUUGACUCGCAGUUGCGCAAGUCCAAGCGCUUCGACGCAGCCGGAAUUGAGCGGGAACACCCCGAGCUCCUGCGACCGCUACCGAACCGCCGCUACUCUCGAACAGCCUCGUCCGCUUCGCUCGCAACGGAGACCGGUCCUCUACGCGCCGCCAACGGUGCAUCGACGCCCGCACGACCAGGCGCCCUGACACCCUUGACGAUGACGAAUCUUGGCGAGGCGCUCCUCAAGCGCAACAAUUCGAUCACCUCGGUCACGGGCGACUCGACCCAUCCCGCGAAGAAGGGUGCAGAUGGUGAGGAGGGUCAGCUGCGGUACUGGACGAACGAGAUGUGUCGGAAGAGCCCGCACUUGUUCGACUUCGUCAUCACGCUCGGCGGUGACGGCACCGUCCUGUACACCUCGUGGCUCUUCCAGCAGAUCGUUCCGCCGGUCAUCCCCUUCGCCCUUGGCUCGCUCGGCUUCCUCACCAACUUCGACUACGCCCACUUCCGCGAGACGCUCGAUGCCGCUAUCGAGACGGGUGUUCGUGUCAACCUGCGCAUGCGGUUCACCUGUACCGUCUACCGCGCCGUCGAGGACGAGUCGGUCUGUCGCCGUCGCGCGAUCCGGAGCGGCAAGACGGGCGGGAUCUUCAUGAAGAGCUUGACGCGGGAAGGUUGGGACGCCAUCGAGAGCGGAAAACCGCUGAACGCGCCUGGCGGACGGGACAAGGAGAUCAAGUGCUUCUCGACUCGGGCGGUCGAGAGCUUCGAGGUUCUGAACGACCUCGUCGUCGACCGCGGCCCCAGUCCCUACGUCUCCCAGCUCGAGCUAUUCGGCGACGAGCACCACAUGACGACUGUUCAGGCCGACGGUCUGACGGUGUCGACGCCGACUGGUUCGACUGCCUACUCCCUUUCGGCAGGUGGCUCUCUCGUUCACCCUGAGAUUCCCGCCAUCCUCAUCACGCCCAUCUGCCCACACACCCUGUCCUUCCGCCCGAUGCUUCUACCCGACAGCAUGGAGUUGCGCAUCUGCGUUCCGUACAACUCGCGCAGUACGGCCUGGGCAAGCUUCGACGGACGAGGACGGGUUGAGCUGAAGCAGGGCGACCACAUCAAGGUCACGGCUUCGCCGUACCCGUUCCCGACCGUCUGCGCCGACAAGCAGUCGACCGACUGGUUCCACUCGAUUGCGCGAACCCUCAAAUGGAACGAGCGCGAACGGCAGAAGAGCUUCGUCAUCCUCGAGGAAGGGCGGAAGAAGCCUCGCUCGUCAUCCGGCACGGCUUCGGAGAAGCAGAAGGUGCAGCCGACGUCGCCGUCCGCCGCCAAGAGCGCAAGCCCGCGCAAGCAUGCGACUUUUGCGGCUGAUCCGUGUCAAGGCGGUGACCGUGGGGCGGAGGAAGAGCCGGAUGCCGUCGACGAGGAGGACGAGGAGGGGGACGACGAGAGCGACGACACGGCCGAAGAGUACGACAUCGACGAUGUCAGCGAGAACACGACAAACGCCUCGUCCCCCUCGAUCAGCCCGUCCGACCUUGCGCACGCCCAUGUGCCCUCCAUCCACACCGUCUCGUCGGCCUCGCCGCCAGCGUCAUCACACUUCUCACAGGCGCACAGCAUGUCGCCUCGCGAUGCCGACAUGGUGUCGAACGCGUCGUCCAUCGACAUCCAGGACGACUUGACCGAGCGCUUCCGCACGGUCCCGCCGCGAGGUCGCUCGCGCAGCCGGACACGUUCUUCUCUCGAGCAGCGGCACAGGAGGUCGCAGGACAGGCAAGGCGGCAGCGAGGAGGAGGAGAAGAGUCAGGACCGCGCCUUUGCCGUUCUUGGACACGACGAGGACGACGAGUCGUCGCAGCAAAGCGAAUCCGACUACUAG